AUGCAGCAACCCAGAAGGAGUAGCAACGCAAACGCAACUACGCCUUCAGUCCCCCUCGCCAUGUCCAACCCCAAGCCCAAUCCACCCAAACCCCAACACGGACCCCGGAACCCAAAGCCCCCCAAGGAGGACAAUGAGGGCAGCAAGAAACCCAACUUCGAAGACAAAGCUAGUGCUUAUAUCGAUGCUUGUUGGGCUUGCGGCGGCGAGCUGGAGUAUACUGGCGUCGGAGCGAGCGGCUUCGAGUGCGCGGAUUGUCGGAUGCCGAAUUGA